UGUGAUUUAAUCAAUUGAAGAAUAAAAUCAAAUGACUAUAUCUAUAAUUUUAGCAGUUGAAGAGUUUGAUUGAGGCACUAAGGCUAAAAUUUUAAUAUGGAUUAUUAAACACUUAGAUUUUCUAUAUCUUUUGUAUAUAUGAAGACUCACAAGUCCCAAUGUAAAACACUUAGCUAACUAUGUAUUCAUUUUGUUUGAGCAACAUGGUUAAUGUCAUCCUGUUGAUUCAUAACAGAAGUUCGAUCAGUUAGUUAAGGUUAGUUACAGAGUUGGUUCAAAAAACAAAAAAGCUCUAUAAAUAAGAUCAUUAUGUACCUCAUUCAGUAUAAAUUCAAUAUCCUUGAGAUUUUCUGUCAUUCUUCAGCGCCUCUCAGACUCUCCUUUUCCCUUCCCCUCCUCAUAUUUUGGUUACCAACAAUUCAUAUAUGGAGGGACAGAAAAUGCCAAAUAGGAUCAAUAAUUACCGAACUGACAAUAGAAGUUUGUUAUGAUGGCACAAAGUUAAAAGAAACUCUUAGAUGCUUGAGUGAAACAGCAUUGCAUCAUGCCACUUGUGUUGAGUUCAAGUGUGAGUGGUUAAGUCCCACAUCGACUAUGAAUGAGGGUGGAGAUGUGGUAUCAAAAGUCUCUUGUGAAUCCUGAAGCAUUUGACAUGUUGUUGCUCCCACGCCCCAGAACUCCCCAACAAUUUGAAGCCAUAAUAUUUAUGAGGGGGCACAUGAUUUUUCAUGGCAGAACGUUGCAACUUUUAGUUUACAAGUAAUUCAAUGAAGCUCCAUUAAUUUUUGUUACUCAAUUGAGACACAAGUCAUAUCAGAUGAAGCUUGGAACUCAAGUUGCAGAUUUGGAGUUUGGUGUUAUGCUGAGGUGUUUAAGGUUCCAAUUGGAGUUUGAUUGAUUAGUUAAUAUAUGGAUUCAUGAAAAAAUGAAUUUUCAAUCAAAUAGAAAAUUUGAUUGAAAGUAACCGCAAAUUGAAUUCAGAUAACCUGUUAAACAAUUAAAAAAGGGAAUUCAACCAAUUUUAAGCAAAUUAUCUACUCUACAUUUUUUUGGAGUAAUUAAUAUCUUGUGUACAUUAAAUAUGUGUAAUAUUUUCCAAGGGACACUUUAUGUUGAGGCUGAGUAGAUUAGUGCAUCAAAUGCUGAGGAUUCUCAUUCCAAGAUGAGUAAACCACGUACCAAUAAGAAAUCAAUAAGACUUGUUUAUUAUUAUUAUUAGUAGUAGUAGGUGCUAUUAUAUUCAUAAGCUCUUGACUAGAGUUGACUAGAAAAGUGAAAACCUAAUCUUCCAGUUUUCUACCCCCAAAGAAAAGUGAAAUGUUAGGUAUAAAGGGGUGCAUGACUUCUAACUAGUAAGAAAAACUAACGACACUUUAAUUUAUGUGGGAUCAUAACAGACUCCUCACACUACACCAUAUUUGAAGUUCUGAUGCUGCGCAUUAUCAGGAACGUAUUAAGCAGGGCAUGACUUAUGAAAAUGAUUCUCAAGUUCCAAGUCAAGCAAUAUUGAGUAGCACACUCUUUAAGAAAUAUUCAUCCGCUUACUAUUAUAAGCAAAAAUAAUUACUUUUUGGUUAUUAAGAAAAUUAGCCAAGUGCAAUUAAUUUUUUAGAAUUCAUGUAAAAUAUAAUCUAAAUUUAUUAAAUUGUCUAUUUGAGUCUCAAACACUCAAUUAUCAAGAUUAAUUUUUUUUUUGUUGAAGUGAAUAUUAGAAAUACUAACAUUAAAUCAGUAAAAAAUAAUCAAAUUGAUUAAAAUUUAUCUAGUCCCACAAAAUAUGUGGGUCCUAUAUAAAUUUGGUGGAAAUCAAUUUAAAAGAGUAUGUUAGAAAGUGUCUCUUAAAAAAUGUGUUAAAAGUCACUCCACCAUUCUUACUCCUAUCUAGUAUAAUUAAAAUUACAAGCAUUAAAUAAAAAAUUAUCUUAUUUUUUAACAAAAUUAAUGGAAGUGUAAACGGGUGCAUACAUGCAUGACUCCCUACUAAUCCCUCUUGCCACAAGUAUUUAAAUGCAUGCAUGUUUCUUCUCUAUUCUCACAUAAUUAUCAAACUCCAAACUACAUAACAUAAAUUAACCUAUUUUUCCUCAACCAAUUAUGAAGCCUUUUUCUUUCUUCUCACCUAUACUUUUGUACUUACACCUUCCUCUAUUUACCUUAAAAUUGUUGUGGUUUGGUCCAAGCAUCAUUGUGUCAGUGGCAUUAGAAAACCAAACAGAUCAUUUGGCCUUGCUGAAAUUCAAAGCAUCAAUAUCUAGUGACCCAUAUAGAACACUUGAAUCUUGGAAUUCUUCCAUCCACUUAUGCAAGUGGCAUGGAAUCACAUGCAACCCCAUGCAUGGAAGAGUUAUAGGAUUGAACUUAGAAGGAUGUCAUUUACAUGGAUCUUUAUCUUCCCAUAUUGGCAAUCUCACUUUUCUAAUAAAUCUCAAUCUUCAAAACAAUAGCUUCUUUGGAGAAAUCCCUCAGGAAUUGGGUCAGUUGCUACAAUUGCAACAACUUUAUCUCACCAAUAACUCCUUUGUAGGAGAAAUUCCUACAAAUUUGACACAUUGCUCCAAUCUCAAAGGCUUGUACUUGGAAGGGAACGAUCUGAUUGGCAAAAUACCAAUUGAAAUGGGCUCUUUAAAAAAGCUUCAAGUAAUGACUUUUUGGAGAAACAAUUUAACAGGAGGAAUCCCUUCAUUCAUAGGGAAUCUUUCAAGCUUAACGCGUUUUUCGGUUACUUCUAACAAUUUAGAGGGAGAUAUUCCACAAGAAAUAUGUCGCCUCAACAAAUUAACAAUUUUAUUUGUCGGUGAGAACAAUUUGUCUGGUAUGAUUCCUUCUUGUCUCUACAAUAUCUCAUCACUUAUUAAGUUCUCAGCAGCAAUGAAUAAGUUUCAUGGCUCUCUUCCACCCAACAUGUUCCACACCCUCCCCAAUCUCCAAUUUUUUGAAAUUGGAAUGAAUAAAAUCUCUGGUCCAAUUCCAACGUCAAUGAUAAAUGCAUCUUCUGGCUUUACAUUAUUUGACAUCAGUAAAAAUUAUUUUGUGGGACAAGUUCCAUCUUUAGGAAGGCUAAAAGAACUACUAUAUCUAAAUUUGGAAAUCAACAAUUUAGGUGACAAUUCAACUAAGGAUUUGGAGUUUUUAAAAUCUUUGACAAAUUGUAGUAAGUUGCAAAUGUUUUCUAUGUUCAAUAAUAAUUUUGGAGGCAUUCUGCCAAAUUCCAUCGGCAACUUAUCCAUUGAACUUAAUGAACUAUAUCUAGGAGCUAAUAUGAUAUCAGGAAAAGUUCCUGCAGAAUUAGGAAAUCUAGUUGGCUUAACUCUCUUGAGCAUGGAAUAUAAUCUCUUUGAGGGAAUUAUUCCAACUACUUUUGGCAAAUUAAAAAACAUGCAAUGGUUAGCAUUGGGUAGAAACAAGCUAUCAGGAGGUAUACCACUCUUCAUGGGCAAUCUCAGUCAAUUGUUCCAUUUGAAUUUACAUCUUAAUAUGUUAGAAGGAACUAUUCCUCCAAGUAUAGGAAACUGCCAAAAUUUACAAUAUCUAGACCUUUCACAAAAUAAGUUUAGUGGAACCAUACCAAUAGAGAUUUUUUAUCUUUUUUCAUUGUCAAACUUAUUGAAAUUGUCACAUAACACUUUGAGUGGUAGCUUACCAAGAGAAGUGGGUAAGCUGAAAAAUAUUGAUUGGAUAGAUGUCUCUGAGAAUCAUCUGUCUGGGGACAUUCCUGAAACCAUUGGAGAAUGCAUAAGUUUAGAAUAUCUCACUUUGCAAGGGAACUCCUUUCAAGGAAUCAUACCUUCCUCUUUGGCAUCACUCAAAGGUCUUCGAGGUUUAGAUUUGUCACGCAAUCACUUGUCUGGACCAAUUCCAAAAACUUUACAGAAUAUUUCAUUCCUAGAAUACUUGAAUGUUUCUUUCAACAUGUUGGAAGGCGAGGUACCAAUUAAUGGUGUCUUUCAAAAUGCAACUCAAGUAGCAAUAAUUGGAAAUAAUAAGCUUUGUGGAGGUAUUUCAGAGUUACAUCUACCACCAUGCUCUAUCAAGAGUAUGAAACAUGCAAAAAGCCAUCAUUUCAGGUUGAUAGCAGUGAUAGUUAGUUUGGUUUCUUUUCUUCUCAUAAUUUCAUUUAUUAUAACUAUCUACUGGAUAAGGAAAAGAAAACAAAAACAAUCUUUUGAUUCACCAACAAUUAACCAAUUGGCUAAGGUUUCAUACCAAGAUUUACAUCGAGGAACUGAUGGAUUCUCAGAUACCAACUUGAUCGGGUCAGGAAGUUUUGGUUCAGUGUACAAAGGAAAUCUUGUGUCAGAAGAUAAUGCUGUAGCUAUAAAGGUUCUGAACCUCCAAAAGAAAGGAGCUCAUAAGAGUUUCAUUGCUGAAUGUAAUGCACUAAAAAAUAUCAGACAUCGAAAUCUGGUUAAGAUUUUAACAUGUUGUUCAAGUACAGACUACAAAGGUCAAGAAUUUAAAGCUCUAGUUUUUGAUUACAUGAAAAAUGGAAGCUUAGAACAAUGGUUGCAUCCCGAGAUUUUAGAUGCAGAACAUGCAACAAUAUUGGACCUUGGUCAAAGAUUAAACAUCAUUAUGGAUGUUGCUUCUGCAUUACAUUAUCUUCAUCAAGAAUGUGAGCAAUUGGUCCUUCAUUGUGAUCUAAAGCCAAGCAAUGUCCUUCUUGAUGAUGACAUGGUUGCUCAUGUGAGUGAUUUUGGCAUAGCAAAACUUGUCUCAGCCAUUGGCACUACCUCACAUAAGAAUUCUAGUACAAGUGGAAUAAAAGGGACUGUUGGCUAUGCUCCUCCAGAGUAUGGAAUGGGUUCUGAGGUGUCCAAAUUUGGUGACAUGUAUAGCUUUGGAGUUCUUAUGAUGGAAGUGCUUACUGGUAGAAGACCCACUGAUGAAGUUUUUGAAGAUGGUCAGAAUCUGCAUGACUAUGUUGCAAUUUCAUUUCCAGAUAAUCUUAUAAAGAUUUUGGACCCACAUCUUGUAUCAAGAGAUGCAGAAGUAGCAAGAGAAGGUGGAAAUAGUGAAAAUCUCAUUCCAAGUGUUGAGGAGUGCUUAGUUUCCCUUUUCAGGAUUGGACUUAUUUGUUCAAUGGAAUCACCGAAAGAAAGAAUGAAUAUUGUGGAUGUCACUGGAGAACUUAGCAUAGUUAGAAAGGAAUUUCUUGCCGGUAUUACACUCAUUAGUAAUUGAAUUGAACUAAAUUUCAAAGGUUAUUUGUAGAAAGAGAAGUGUAUGCAGUAUGAUGCACUUGUUAAGAAAAUGAAUGGUCAAUCUGGCUGAACAUUUGGCAAUGCUUAGUUUACUAAUUCAGUUAGCAACAUUUGAUUAUGUGUGAUUGUGUUCAAUGUAGAUUUACCGGCAACCUACUAGUUUGCUACUAUAAAGUUAUACACGAGUCUUUGGAAGCUUCAAUUUAUGAAAGAACCCAGACGAAGGAAUAACUUUGUUAGUUUGAAGCGUUGUGCGAAAUGCAUGGAUAAUGUUUGGUCGAGGUUAAUCAUUUGUGUUUUGUUUGCUUGGAGAAUAAGAUAAGUGUUUCUAGUUCAAUAAGGGUCUAGAGUAAUUCAUCAAUAAGUGUAUCUAGUGAUGAUAGUGCUUACAAUAUUCUUUUUGUUAGUUGAUAAAGAUAUUAUGUCUGAUAAAUACAUUCUUGAAUUUAUUUUACUUUAUGCGAAACAUGUACUUCAUUUAAGGUUGACCUUAUGAUUCAUUUGUAUCUUGGGAUACUUUAAAAUGGGAAACAUGAUAUUAUGACUCAUAAGUGUACAUUUUUUUUCUAUAGGUAUCA